CAUGGGGUUCAUCAUCAACAUUGAUACCCUCAUGUUGUUGAUUCCUGAGCUGCUACAGUUUCAGUGCUAUGUCUGCACCUAUCGAUUUAGCCAGGAUCACUUGGAGCUCCUCUUCAAUUCUAUCCAGGCAUCAGGAGGCUGGAAUAACAAUCCUACUGCAGGCCAGUUCCAGGGCAUUUUCCGCCAUCUCAUGGUCCGGUGUGGUGUCUCACCAAGCAUUUCAGGAAAUGUGGUAGAACAGAAUGAGACCGUGUCCCUAUCGGCUGUUGAGAUGUCGUCGACUCUAGCAGCAGAAGAAUCUGAAGACCUUCCAUCCCCUUUUGUAAACCUCUCUGCACUUGUGUGUGACCACAGCUACCUGCCAACCCGUCUUGGGAGCCUUGUGGACAAUGCCCUUGUGUACAUUUCAGGGUUCGUGGUUCGUCAGAUUUUGAGGAAGCUGUCCUGUGAUGUGUGCCGUGCUAGCUUGGUGACAGAUGCUGUAUCUGCUUCAUUUGACCGGAGCUACCACUUGCUUACACUGAAAAACAAUGGAGGACUGAUGAUUCCUUCUGAAGGGACAGUGAAGGUGGUCAGAUCAGCUGAGCGGUUUAUUCGCCAGUCAUCCUCUGGGAAAGCUGUCAAAGUGUCCUUGAUCAGUCAACUUGUCCGAGUAGAGAUUGGCUCAGAGGAUGUGUUUUGUCUCAAGGAGCACAUUGAGGAAACACAGUUUGGAAUUGACAACCAUCAUUUUUCUCUCUUGUCAUCAGUUGUGUUUGUCUUCCACAAACUAAGGAUGCACCACAUUGCCAAACUGAACACACUUGCACUACAGAGUGGCAACUCGAGAAAAAAGCUCUGCAAAGCUGUUUUGUACAAAGGGUAUUAGCUUUGUACUCUGCAACCCCACAAAGGUUUAGCAAUUAUAGAUGAUUCAUAUAUUAUAUAGUUUUUAAUGUUGUUAUUAUUAUUGUUGUUAUUACUAUUAUUACUUAUUGUACUAUUCAUUACUCACUAUUUACCUUUUUAUUGUCUAUAUAAUUUUGCAAUUGAUAUUACAUACUAUUUUGAUAUUACAUUCGAAUGAAAAAUAAAAUAAAAAACUAACUAAUGUAUUUUUUAUUAUUAUUAUACAAUUUGCUAUUAUCAGUCUAUUAUCAGGCUGUUAUAUUAGGGUACUACUCAUUACACACCAUUCAUUUUUAUUGUUAUUGUCUAUUCUGCAAGUGAUAUACCAUAUUCAACUUGUUGUUAUUCAUCAGUUAUUAU